GCGGCAUAUUUUGUACACACAAACCGCGGUCACACUGACCAGAAUAAUACCGAUCAGCUGUUCGGUGUCGUGUUAAAAUUUCUUGCAAAAAAUAUUCGUUUCGUAGAUAAACAUUAACAAAUUCAUAUUAAACAAUUAAACAACAUUUUCUGCACUUGUGCCAUUCGGGUCGUUUUGGUUCUUUUAGUUUUCUUUCAACCGUUUGCUUUGAACUCUAUCAAGGACUUGCGUUUUUGGUCUAUCAAUUAUCAGCAAAGAGCCAACUAGAAAUGGAUAUACUCAAGAAAAUGUUCAAGUCGUCGGAGGAAAAGAAGCAGGAUGGUGCCGAUAUAUCCGCAUCGAACAAGGAUGAGUUCCGCAAGCCGCAGUGGUUCGAGGAGGCCGAAACGGACGACGAGCUCUUCGACGAUGAUCGCAAGUUCGCUUUCCAAGUGUUUACCAGUCCGUUGGAGAUGCAGAAGCACUUUGAGCGGCAAAUGCAGCGUCUACUCGAAUCGAUGGAUGACGAUGAGCAAAACGAUGAUAAUGAGGAUUUCUGUAAGCGAGAGCAAGUCCUGAUGUAUCAGGAAACUAACAUUUAUGUUCCAUAUUCCUCAGAUGAUGUGUUGAAGCCCGGUUUUGAUAGCUCGAUUCUCAAGAAGUUUGCACGGCAAAAUGGUCAGUCGCUGGACACCGAUUUGGAUGGCGAGAUUUAUGCCGAUCAGAUGCAGUCGCUCAUUCAACGCUUGAAUCCGAAGAAGGGACAGGAGCCGGCCGACGAAGCCAUUGGCAACAUUUUGCCCUCCAAUCAGAGCCGCCUUCUAAAGAGUCUGAACAAGGCAAAGCUGACGGAUGAGGAGCUCAUCAUGGGUCGCAUACACGGCACAAUCUCGGCCGAUGGUGAGGAGGUGCCACAAGCUCGUGCCUCACGUUCGUACAUUGGUAUCAAGCCGGAAAUGAUGACUCCAAUGACGCCCAUGUUGCCGCGCAGUGGAGUGACACCCUUUGGUGGCGUAUUCGAUGGCAACUAUCAGGGUCCCAAGAUGUUUAGCCAGAGCGUGAUGACACAGACGGUGCGCAAGCCGGAUGGCAGCUAUGAAACCACCAAGGUGGCCCAGGAUGCAACUGGCCACAAGACCACCACGGUGACGCGCAUGAAAGACGGACGCUCGGAGACGGUGGUCACGCACGAUGGCAAGGAGGGCAAGGCUGCUGCCGUCAAGCCACAGCGAGGCUCCCUGGGUGAGCAGCAUGUGGCGUAUGCCGAUCGCAACUUGUUUGUGACAAAAGAAGGCUACGCCAUGCCACGGAACCUCUGGUGACCAGUGGUGAACAGCUAUUGCCCCAAUCAAGACAAGCGAUCUCUGCUGCAACGCGAGCAACAGCGGCAGCAGCAACAGCAACAGCAACAACAGUAUGCAGAUAAGCUAAAGCGAUUCGUCGGCAACAUAGUCCCACAUCCACAUCCACACAACAUCCAAAUUAGAACCUACUAUAUUUUAGUUUACAUUCUCCUUAGUGUUUGGUGUUUUAGAUGAAACUCGGUUGAGACAACAGAUGACGACGAUUAUUGACCAUGAUUUUAUUAGGCAGCGACCGCACAGCGUCGUUGUGUAUUGUGAGCAUGCGCCACCCCACAAGAAUGCGCUCCACAAGCACACACACACACACACACACACACUUUCAGUUCCCUGGGCAUUCUGCAGGAGCUUUGCACUCCCUGAGCGAGGAAUGGAUUAGCGUGGAGUGACGUGACGUGAAGUGGAGUGGAGUGGAGUGGAGUAGAGUGGUGAGCGCUCUCGAUUGGAGCAUGUGCAGGUGCAGGCUCGUGUUGAACGGUGUGAACUUGAUUUUCAGUUUGACAAAAGUCCAGCCAGACUGAGACCCGGUUUCGGUCAGCGGGUUUCAGUCGCGCAAACA